ACCAGACAAACCACCAAACGGGCGAUAAUCUCUGCAUUCAGAACCGACCGAAGGUCGCCGAGUUCUCUCCCCUCUUCGCGCGCCGUGUUCCAAUGGCGGACGAACUCGAAGAGCUGCUAGGGUUUCUCUCCUCGCCUUCUCCACAAGUGAAGAAGGCCGCGUUGGACAUCGUCCGUGGUCUAACUGGCUCUGAUGGCGGCAUCGAGACCCUGGCUUCGCGUUCCGAUAUUGCUCUUCCCCCGCUUCGCCGCCUUCUUCGCGAUCCCCCAGACGUAGCCGCUCCGGCCGCCGAGACCCUCAUAAACCUCUCCCAAAACCCCAACCUUUCUGAGAAGCUUGUCUCACUUGGAGCCGUGAAUGCGGCGAUGGAGGUGAUUUUUAAACAGAGGGAUAACGACGCUAAACUCCACAAGCUUCUUGUUAUGCUCCUCGUCAAUCUCACCCAGUUGGACUCUGGCAUCUCUUCCCUGCUACAGGUUGGUGAUGAUAAACUUGAAGGCCUGUAUUUCUCCAAGCUCGUCAGGUUGUUUUGCGGAUCUUCUUCCAGUGAUACUACUGAGGAUACCUAUGAACACGUAGCUUCAAUUCUUGUAAAUGUGUCAAAAUUGGAAGCUGGAAGAAGUAUGUUGUUGCAGCCAAAGAGAAGCCUUCUUAAGCAAAUCAUAAGGCAAUCAGAUUCGACAAGUCCACUGAGGAAGAAAGGGGUGUCAGGAACUAUCCGCAAUUGUUGUUUUGAAGCAGACAGGCAAAUUCAGAAUUUGCUUAUGUUAUCAGAGUUUCUUUGGCCGGCUCUACUUUUACCUGUUGCAGGAAAGAUGUCUUACAGUGAAGAAGAUACUGCAAAGAUGCCUCUUGAGCUGGCUAAUGUACUUUCUCAUGAACGGGAACCAGUUGAUGAUCCAGAAAUUCGCAAGCAGGCAUUGGAAGCUCUCUACUUAAUUGCCUUGCAGGAAGCUGGAAGAAGUGCUCUGUGGUCUGUCAAUGGCCCACGAAUAUUGCAACUUGGCUAUGAAGAUGAGGAGAAUCCAAAAGUUAUGGAAGCUUAUGAGUUGAUUGGCUCUUUGCUCGUAAGUAAUGCUGGCUCCGAGGAGCUGAUGGAUCAUACUAUUCGGUAAAGCUGCUGCUGUCUCUACUCUUCAUGACCGGUAUUAUAUUUUUCCAACUUGUUUGGUUCAACCGGAUGGAUAUGUCAAAGCCAUUAAAGCCUUGUCACAUUAAUCAUAUUAUCAGUCAACUUGUUUGCUCUAAGUAGUUUUCAAAUAUAUAUUUAUUUUUUUUGUUGUUGUAAUAUGAAGUAUGUAAUAUUUAUACUU